AUGGCACUGUCAUACAACUUUGCCAUAUUUCUGAUAGCUUCUGUACUAUCAAUCUUGUUCACGUUAACAAGCGUGAAAGCCGAUCUGAUAAACGAUGUUUGCUCAAAAACACAAAAGCCUGCUAUAUGUUUAUCAGCUCUAAAUGGGGAUCCUCGAUCCAAAGGUGCGAAUCUCGAAGGUCUUGGGACUAUCUCAAUAGACUUGUCACAAAAGAACGCAAAAUCCACACAUGAUCUUGUUAGUACGUUGCUUACACAGGCAACAGAUCCAAACUUAAAGAGACGAUACACUUCGUGUUUGGAGAAUUAUAAUGACGCUUUAAAUAAUUUAGGAGAACUGUAUGGUUUUUUGAAUUCUAAAGAUUAUGAUAGUUUGAACAUUCAUGCUUCCGCUGCUUCGGAUGAUCCUUCUACAUGUGAUGACAAUUUUUCAGGACCACCCACUGAAUCACCCCAAUUAAAAGAUGCUAGUGACAAGCUUCAAGGACUUAUUGGUAUUACUUUGGUUAUUAGCAAUCAAUUGAAAGGGGGUAUACAUGCAUAG